GCUUACGCAUGGGCUCUUGUCGUACUACCAUUAAGUCUCAUUGUUUCAGCUGGCAGGCUGCUCUCACACGAUUCCCCGGCGGACGGCAAGCCAUGUCAAGGUGUUAUCAGCUUUCUCAUCUGAGCGCUCAAUGCCGGCUGGGCCUGGAAGCAAGCUGAAGCUGGAGAGAAUUGUGCGUGCGAAGUUCAAGUAUUAGAUUCCCGGAGCGAACCGUGUAUUCUGAACAUCGAACAUGGCCUCUGUUUGUGCGUCGGUGGCCGUAGGAGAUCCGUGCGGAUUGUUGCUGGGGAAUGCCGGGUCCAGAAGGUGGCAUCAGCGAGCUUCUGCAUCGGAUUCGAGUUAUGGGGUGCCGUUCGGCAUUUCGUUACGUCCCUGCACCCGACCAUGCUCCGGCCCUCUUCCUUCCUUACGUUCAAGUUCAGACAAGAACGUGAAACGCAGCACCUUUUUUCGCGGAGGCGGCCAAGAAUUUGCAGAAGAGCAUCGUCAGAGCAAACGAUGGAUUCGCCCGGUCGUGGCGCGGACCGAUAAUGGCUCCGACACGCAGAAAGAAGGUGACGAUCGAGGAGAGCACCAGUCGCCUGAAGCGAGAGAGCCGGAGGGCAAAGGACAGGAGCAAGCCGGCUUCGUGUGGAAGUCGAACUGGUAUCCCGUCAUUCCUGUGCAGGAUUUGGAUGAAAGUGUCCCUCAUCCUUUUGAGAUCCUUGGUCGGAAAGUUGUCAUAUGGUUUGAUCGAGAAUUUGCUCAGUGGCGUACCUUCACCGACGUUUGUCCACAUCGUUUGGCUCCGCUGUCCGAGGGUAGAAUUGAUGAGAAUGGGUGCCUGCAAUGCUGUUACCAUGCUUGGUCUUUUAAAGGAGAUGGUUCUUGCACCCGGAUCCCUCAAGCCAGACCUGAUGGUCCAGAAAUUAGAGCUGUGUCCAAUACUCGCGCAACUUCAUUUCCAACAACAAUUGCGCAAGGGAUACUCUUUAUCUGGCCAGAUGAACAUGGAUUUGAACUUGCAGAGAAGACACCACCACCAAUCACACCUCAGCAUGACGGUCCAGAGUGGGAGACUGUUGUAACUUUCCGAGAUGUGGAUUACGGUUGGGACACUGGUAUGGAGAAUCUCCUGGACCCAAGCCAUGUACCAGUAGCUCAUCACAUGGUGAAUGGGGGAUCCUUAGGUAAACGGGAUGAUGCGCAACCUCUUAGUAUCGAAAUCAAAGAAUUCUCUCAGCAAGGAUUCAACGGUCCGUGGGGACGAGUUGGAGGCCCUCCACAGUUCCUAGAGUUCGAAGCUCCAACAAGAACUACAUAUGUAUUUAGCAUUGGUGGACAGGCUAUGGGAACAACAACAACUUACGUCACACCCACAGCUCCUGGAGGAUCGAGGGUGCUGAUCUCAAAUGGAAGGAAGGCGUUUGCUAUGAAAGCUAUGACCAGUGGACCUAAGUGGUGGCAGAUCUCACCACGUUGGUGGGAUCAUCAAAAAAUGUUAAAUCUCUUGGAUGGAGAUGAAUCUCUGCUGCAUGGCCAGGAGCGUUUGCUAAGGGAGAGCACAAACGGGCAAAUAGAGAAAUGGAACCAGGCAUUCUUCAUGCCUUGUGCUGCUGAUCGGUUCGUCUCUGCCUUCAGACAAUGGUUAAAUCGCCACGGCGGAAAGAACGUUCAAUGGGCAGACGGUGUUGAUCCGAGUUUGCCACCUUUGAUAAAGAAUAAGGAACUCCUCCUUGAUAGAUAUGAAUCGCAUACGAAGCACUGCAAAGUGUGCAGCAAAGCACUACAGAACUUCAGAAUAGCUCGACAAGCUCUAUACAUUCUCGCUGCUGUAUUAGUGGGAGUUGCUCCUCUUCUACAAGUUUGGUCUCAUCGCAUCCCGCUUGUGGUCGCUGCCGGAAUCAGCGCAUUUCUGGCUUGGAGGCUUGGUGACUGGAUCCAGAUGUUUUACUACAAAGGAUACGAUCACGCUCGCAUUCCUUGAUGAGGAAGGGGAAUAUUAGUCUAUAAAUUCUCUUUGCUUCAAUACUCAGGCGCUUUUACCACCUCUGAUACUAGCGACCAUCACAGGCGUUUUUUGCCUAUGAUGAACAGUGAUGAAAAUGCCCAAAUGUAUGCUUUACGUUUGUUUUUUUGCAUUGAGGUCUGUACAGAAAUAUCAGUCCCUUAGAGUAGCAGGUGUUUCACCAUUAAGGUUAUCAGACUGGGGAGAGGCUUGAUAUUCCAUAUCUUGACCAUUUCCGGCUUGAGGCCUUCCUCUGCACACUUGUAAAGAGCAGACCACGUCUGAAUCCAUCGUCACAAGCACGUAUUAGGCAGUACGUUGUGUUUAGUGCGGGCCGACUUCAUUCCGAAGUCUGGAUGUACAAGUAUACAUAUUCUCGCAAAACUGUAGAUAUUUUUCUACCGCUUAAGGUUAUGAUCUUUGAUCUCAAUUGCACAUUCUGUAGACCUGACACUGCUGCGCAAAUUCAUGCAAA